AUGGGAUUGAUUAUAGCAAAAUUAUUCAGGAAUUGGUGGAGCGGGAAAAGUGAGUUUGAGGAAAUUCAACCAAUUUUCAAGAAAAAAAUUGAUUCAGAACAUAAAAUAAUUGUGGUCGGGUUGGAUAAUGCGGGAAAAACCACGAUUUUGUAUCAUUAGUGAGUUUAAUUAGCUCCCAAUCAAAAAAAAAAUUAAUUUCUAGUGUAACCGGAGAAGAAGUGCACACAAAACCAACGAUUGGAAGUAAUGUUGAAGAAAUCACUUAUAAAAAUAUUAGUUUUAUAAUUUGGGAUAUUGGAGGACAGGAGACACUUCGAAAAUCAUGGGCAACUUAUUAUACACAGACUGAUGUUAUGAUUAUUGGUGAGUAAAAGUAGUUGUUUAUGACGUGGCACGGCGAGAUUUUCCCAACGUCCCUCUCCUCUCAAAAUUUACAUUAGAGAAGAAAAGAACGAGUGGGCGGGGCAUGUCAGAGACACAGGGGCGCCUGCUACUGUAGGAGGAAUUACGGCGGGAUUUCAAAAAUAGUUUUGGUUCAAAAUCAAUUUUUCUCUAUUUUGAACCGAAAAUUCCUAGAAAAUGCAGAAAAGGCGCGGCUAACCCUAAUACUUACCUUUAGAAGAAUAGAACAAUCAUAAAAAAUUUAUUAAACUAGAAUUAAAUUCAUAAAAAAAAUGAUUAUUUCAUCAUAAAAUUAAAAUGUAUUCUGCGAAGUUCAGUCAAUAUUCGCGAUGGCGACGACGUUGUCUUCAAUCUUCUUCUCGGUGCCCCGUCCUGACAUUCCGUGAUUUGUUUGAAAUUAUUCAAUUGAUUGAUACUAUCCUCUGAUUCAUUGAUUCUUUGACAUGUCAAACUUGGCGCCAAAAGAUUCGCUUUCGCAUAAAACGGAAAGGCUGCACAAUUUCCAAUGAAUCCGAGCAAUAACAUUGGGUGAGCAUAUCCAGUUUCAUGGAACUUGUUGUUGAUUUUUUAACAGGAACUUGUUGUUGAUUUCUUCGAAUUUUCAGCUCGAAUCAGGUUAUAUCCACUGUCUUCAAUGUUGAAUAGUCGCCUUCAAAUGUUCCCUCAUGAGGAAUUCAGCGGUAGAUUGAGCAUUCGUGUUCCACUUGAGCCAUCGAAUUUCGUAAAAUGAUAUCUUCUCUGGAUGAUUCAAACGGAUUUUCAAGCGAACACUUCGAAACAUUGAUUUGAAUUCAAACUCGAAGCUCUAGAAAAUAACAAGGUUUCAUAUCAUAAUUUCUGAUGUCCUGUAAGUAUAAAUACCAACCUUGAAAGUUUCGUCGACAACAAAAUCAGCGGCUCCUCCGAGUUUGACAACUGAACAUCAAUUCAUUGACUUGGCAACUCGCGCACAUGGCAGACAAUACUGUAAUAUUGAAUUAUUGAUAAAGCAACAUAAUUUUUAAGAUAAAUCGGUGAAAACGCAUGGAAAAUAAGAAAUAUCUUGAAUAUAUUGUUUUCAUCGAUAAUUUCACGAGUUUCAAAUAAAACAAACGUUGAAAUUCGACAAGAAAGUGAUGUAAAAUACAAACACGAACAUGAAAAAAUAACAAUAGAAACAAAAACAGAAGAAAACUUUCCUCAGCAUCCGCUGGCGUAGUCUAAGCGAACAAACGAGCGUAGCUAAGGCGGUGUAUGACGCACCAAACGCUCGUUUGUACGCUUUAGUCUACGCUGAGGUGUAAAUUUUAGCUACGCUCGUUUUUAUUUUUAAUUCAAAUUUUUUUCUCAUUUGCUUGCUUGAUUUGGUCUGAAUUCUAGGUUUACUGUCAAUAUUGCAUGUUGAAUGCGUCGAUUUCGGAAUUUUUAAAGGAACUGCAUAAAUAUGAUUUAUUGUAUGUAACAACAACAACAAAAACAGUAAAAUAAUUAAAAAUAACAUUGAAAAAUCGAAGAAUUAUGGGAUUUUCGGCGCUGCUUGACAAUUAUACAGGGUUGUUGAGACAAACUGAGCUGAUUGGAAGAUUUUUAAUGGUGUUGAAUGACAGUGUUGAGUUCCACGUGAGAGUUUCCAAUCCUUGUAGAAUAUCGAGAAUACCAGUGUUCGAGCCUGAAAGAAUAGUUGACUUAUUAGAAGUUUUGUGAAGUGGAUAUUUUGAUUAGGAUUGGCCAAAAUCAAGACUUUAUGACUAGGAAAUGGGGGGUUCUCAGACAAGAUGGGCAGUUAAUCGGUUAGUAAAGUGAGCUUCACGAUUAUUCGCCUGAACUAAGAUAAUUCAGGCGAUUGAUCGCUCAGCUAGCAACUAAUUCAAGUUACUACGCGACUUUUUCUUUGAGUAUACGGACUCAUAUUUUGGGAUUUUUUGAAUAGGAAACGAUUUUUCUCACCUUUUGCCUAAUCCAGCUUGCUUCAUAUCCCAAUUUCGAUAUUUGUGUCAAAUUCGCAAAUCACUGACCAGCUUGAUUUUCAAAAUCCACUAUCCGGGAUUGGUUCGAAGUUUGUAGUUAUAAGAAUGCCAAAUUGAUUGGGAUAAACUCCAAAUUUCGAAGAUUGCGUAGUUGAAUCAAAACCGCCAACAGUCGACUGACAACCAAAUUAUAGUUUCGAGUUGAAUUUGCAUUUGAACUUUCAAGCGUGCUUUGAGUCAGUCUUUGACUUUAACUUCUCAUAGCUAGCUUGGAUCCAGGUUUAGCUCUGAAAUGAUAUAGUCUAUUCUCAAUAUUGAUAGAAUUAAGUGACUUACAUAAUCUGCAGAACAUGCAGUGUGCAUUACCCAAAACCACGAUUCAAGACUGAAACAUAGAAACAUUGAAUAGAGAACGAUUACAACCUAACAAUAAUACGCAUAAUCGAGUUAAACUCAUAGAUAAAGUCUCACAUUUUCUACUUUUGAUCUGUUGAAAUAAUUUCUCAUUGAAAAUCUUCAAAUGAGAGCUAGUUUUCUAGUGAAAACCUCGUUUGAUGAGUUUUUUGAAGUAGAAAAGUCGUUAUAAUCAAGUAAAACACAACUGGAAAGUAUAACUUCAUGCUUUAACCAUUUAACACACCCAAAGAUAAAAAUUUUAGGCCAAUAAAAAAAACAAAAAGAAAAAGUGAAAAGCUUGUACGCAACACACAGGAAUUGCAACGCGGUUCAGUGUAGCUACGCUCAGUCUACACCCGCGAGAUUACAACGAGCGUAGCUAAGCCUUAGCUAAAUUUCAUCUAAAUACCCCUUCCUUGUACGCUUAGACUACGCCAGCGGAUGCUGAGUCAAAAAAACCAAGAAAAACUUUCAACAAAAAAAAGAAAAGAAAAUCCCAAAAAACCGAAACAUCGUGCACACAAUGGACGGGUCUUGUGACGAUGUUCGCUAGAGCACGCUUGCAUUCUCAGAAAAUGCGCUGACAGCUAGCACGCGAGCCGGCAGACGGCCGUCGAAUUCUGAUACUAAUUUGCCAGUUUGCUAGCUCGCAGACAGCGCCUGCUAGGUUCUGCCAGCUAGCAACCUCGCGGCCAUCUGGCAGAACCUAGCAGGCGCUGUCUGCGAGCUAGCAAACUGGCAAAUUAGUAUCAGAAUUCGACGGCCGUCUGCCGGCUCGCGUGCUAGCUGUCAGCGCAUUUUCUGAGUUGUCACUCCCUUCCCCAAUUUUGCGCUGGCCGUUUCAAUGGACGGCCGUUGUUUUUUUCUCAACGUGGUGGCAAUUGCACUUUAUUAAGUUCAGGCUAAAAAUUAUUAAUUUUUCGAAAAUGUUUAUGAAACAUUGAAAAAUUUCUGGAAACUUAAAAAACAUUUUAAUUUAUCGUCGAAACAACAAAAUUAUGACGUGGCAAAAUUUCGCUAAAUUCGAAAAUUCAAAUUUUUAAUAACAGAAAUCCACUUGAAAAAUUGAUAAAAUUAAACUUUUCAAGUUUUAAAAAAUUUUUAAUUAUAUUUAUGAAAAAAUUUUAAAAAUUUUCAAUAAAAAUCCACAAAUGACGUCAUAACUUUUCCCAUCAUAAACAAUUUUUCUUCAGUAAUCGAUAGUUCUGAUGUUACACGAUUACCAAUAAUGAAAGAGCAUAUUCAAGAAAUGUUGACGCAUGAGGAUCUUUCUAGAGCACAUCUAAUGGUUUUGGCUAACAAGCAAGAUUUGCCCGGUUCACUGACGCCUGGAGAAAUAUCGACGCAAUUAGGAUUGAAUACGAUUAAGAAUAGGAAGUUAGUUAUAAAUUUUAUGCUUUUUGAAAGCCGUCUAAAAUCAAUUUUCUCUCAGAUAUCAAAUUCAAGGAUGUUGUGCAAUCAAAGGAGAAGGAUUACCAGAAGCUCUCGACUGGAUUGUGAAUAAUAUUUGA